AUCUCAACACCAACAAGAUACAACCCCAAGAAGAAGAAGAAAACAUAUAGAAAAACAGAGAUUUUCAAUAAAGAUUCCUCUGUUUUUCUUCUUCUCUGUUUGCUAUUGUUCACCAUGACUACUGUUCUUCUUCCUCUAUUUCAUUUCUUGGUGGCAAAUGUCUCUGCUUCUAACUUCUUCUCUGAAACUCUCACUUCUUUCUAGUGACCUAAAUCACUAACUCCCACACAUACAAUCCCUUCGUUACCAAAAAAGAAUCUUUCCUUGUUUUUUCUUUCUAUCUUGUAGUAGUGAAAAAAAUAUCAUAAUGGACUCAGUUCAGUUUCAACACUUUAAGAUGAAGAAACCUAGAGGAUUCUUGAACUUCCAAACAAUAAGAUCAUUCAAAAGUUUAUUCAGACUCAUCGAACUGAUUCUUCUUCUAAUCUUGAUCUCCAAACUCUCUUUCCCUUCAGUGAAACUAUCCACUGACAUUUUCAGGGGAGCAGCAGAGUUUCUCGUUAGCCCGAGAUUCGUUUUCUUCAUAGGGAACGCUAUUGUAAUAACUCUUUUUGCGAUAUCCAGACGAUACAACUCGGCUCACGAGCCUAUCUCAAAGACAACAGAAGCUGUAAGCAACGAUCUUUACCAAGAGUUUCUUCAAGAGAGUGAGAAGAAGAGAUCCGAAGUUUAUGAGACGUCGAAAACAGAACAGCCCAAGAAGCCGAGUGGAGUGAAGAGACUUAGUUUCGAGAGAAGCCAAUCGCAGAAAGCGUUUGAGGUGGUUCACCCGCCUGAGAGUACAUGUGGUGGGAGAGUCAUGAAGAGGUAUGAGUCGGAGAAGCAUCUGAGGAUAUGUGAUACGGACAAGAAAGUAGUGGUGAGAGGUAAGAAGCCAGAAGAUAAAAUGAGCAACGAACAGUUUAGGACAAAGAUUGAAGCCUUCAUCGCGAGGCAAAAGAGGAUUCAGAAGGAUGACGAACACUUGAUAAUCUAGCCCAUCUUUUGUUACUGAAUGUUUUUGUUUCUUUUUAGUUAUAAACUUGGAUGCUCUGUUCAAAACAUUUCAUAGUCUUGUAAGUCGUAACUUUGCCUUGGUAAAAUUCUGUAUCCUAAGUCCUAACUCUUGUAAACCUUUAAAGUUGUUUAAGUAAAUAAUACAAAUGUUAUGGUA